UUCCACAAGACACGGAAAAAUAUUAUCGCUUGGAUCCAACAAAAUCUGCUGCCGAGAAUUGCUAUGAUAUCUAUGCGGCAUUGUGUUGUCGUGAGACACGCGAUAGCAAACGUCUCGAUCUGCUCAAUGAAUUGGCCACAUUAUGCCAGCAACAACAGCAGCUGCUGCACAAAAAUAAUUUGGGAUUUAGCACGGAAGAGUUACUCUACUGUUUGAGUGCAUCCCUAAUACGAUCAUUUACACAAGUGAGAGCGGCUGCAUUGCGUACGAUACGUUAUGUGUUGACCACAACCAAGGAUAUCAAAAUAUUCAAUUCAAUGCAAUUGCCGCAUUUAUUAUGUCGAUCGAUUGACAUUAUGCUGAAGAACAAUGAUGAACGUGUUCAGGCCUUGAAAUUGAUACGCAAAAUGCUGGCAAUAUCACCGGAAAAUAUAAGUCCGGUAUUGGUUCGCUGUCUAGUUUCAUUGGCCGAUACGGGCCUUGAGGAAAAAGAUAAAUUACUGAGGGUUUGUCUGGCAACACUGUGUGAAUUUGCCGUAUUGAAUCCAACAUUGCUGAUAUGUUGCGGUGGGGUGACUUCAAUCACCCGCAAUGUGGUGGAAUGUCACAAUCCUCGAAUAGCCGAAAGUUUAAGUGGUGUACUGCUGUAUCUAUUGGAAUGGCCGCAUACACGUAAUAUAUCGGGAGUGCGUUUGGAUUGUUUGGCGGCACCCUAUUGCGAUUUUACAUAUCGUCUGGGGAUUAUGGAUAAGAAUAAAGAUGCUCAUGAACUACGUUACACAAGUUGUCGUUUAGCUUUAUUAUCUGUUCUGCGCAGCUGGACUGGGACCAUUGAAUUCUGUGAUCCAAGUAAACCAUCCGGUUUAAAAGCAAUAGUUGAUGCUUUAUAUUUAAAUCAAAUUGAAGUUAGAAAAGCAAUAUUGGAAUUGCUCUACGAACUCUUGGGUCUUCCACAACCUACUUGGACGACUGAAGAUUAUGCUGUGGCUUUACAGGCGGUUGAUCCGUCUGAUUUCCAAGCCAAUUGGCUAUUAAAGAAUGGCUUCGUUGCUGCCGAGGGUCGCAGCAUAUUGCCGAGUUUGGCAGCACGCGCCCCCAAUAUCUGUGAACAACACUUGGCCUUACAAUUGUACUGUUUUCUAGAGACUGGUCUUCUCAAUGCCUUGGUCGAGGUUAUAAUAUCGAGUGAAGUUUCCGUAUCAGUAGCAGCCACGGUUCUAAUUGGCAAGCUAUUGCAUUUAAUGCAUACACAUUUGCCGCCGGACAUUUGCAGUACAAGUCCGGCACUGCCGACACUAAUAAAGCAUGCCACAAAGGGUAAUAUAAAUGCAUGUGCCGCCAUAUCAGCAUUGGAAUGUUAUCAGAAAAUGUUAAGGAAUCGUCCAGCGUCGAGUAGUUUAUUUUUGGAUAGCAUUAUACAAGAAGGAACCCUCAUACACACAAGACUUUUUCGCCGUGAAAUCAAUGCUCAGGAUAUCCCCUACGCCAGCAGCAGUCUACAAUCACCACCCCCUGAUCCAAAUAGCACCAAUGGUGUUGGCCAAUAUAGUUCCAUUGGUGGUGUUGGUACGCUGGAUAGACCCCGUCUGGACUCUGUCUCCAGUGACGAUUCAAAUUCUCAGUCAUCAUCACGUCGUGCAAGUUUUCGCUUGAAAUGUAAAUUUUUACCGUUCCUAGAGAAUAUGAAAGUGAAUCGUUUAAUCAAAGACUCGAAUGUAUUAAAUUCCAAGGAUGGCACCGGCUGGGAUUGGGAAGUUAUAUCAACGAUAAUAAGAUCAAAUCUAAUCCGUAAAAUGGAAGAGCCAAGUUUAACGUUCCUGAAAAAUCUCAUUGAUUUCUUUAAGCCAAGUAAAAAUUGUUUUUCCCAUCAAGAACUGGUGCAGGGUAAAACAUUGCCGCCAUUUGUUCAAGUCGGUUUAGAUUUAAUCGAUUGGCUUUUGGCCAUCUAUCCACUGGAAAGUGUUCGCCUACUAACUGAUUUCUUUACCGAUGUGGCCUCCCAGCUAUUGGCCAUAACGACACCAAAUCGUGCACACGAUUGUCUAUUUAGUCCAAAGCAUAUGGAGACUACAAUGUGUCAACAGUAUUUUUUAUUUAUUGGUCGGAUGUGUCGGGCACAAAAGGGCAUUACGAUAUUAACGAAUACGGCGGUGUUUGAACACCUUGUCAAUCUCGUACGCAACACCGAUUACGAAUGUUAUGUAAAAUUAAUUGUAUCGGGUUUGGAUUAUAGUCUAGAAUCUGUUCCCCGUAAAGUUUUGGAAAAAGCUUUAACGGCCGCCAAGGAUACGGGUAGUCGUCUGUAUGCCACACAAUUUCUGGUGGUAUUAUUGAGAGCUCGCAUACCAAACUUUGAGGUAUGGGGUAUACCUUUAAUUAUACAACAAACAAAAGAUCCAGAUCGUAGUGUCGUUUUAGCGGCAAUGGAUGUCCUGGAAGAGGCUUGUCAUGAAAAGUAUUAUUUGGAAGAAAUUGUUAGUCUAUGGCCAAAUCUUAAAACCCUGGGCGAUGUGGGACGUCUACUAAUGGCCCGCUACUAUUCUCUGUCGCGUGGUCUUAACCAACCCAAAGCAAAAGUCAAAGAAGAAAUUGAGUAUUGGAAAAAUGGCUACAAUAAGAGAUACGUUUUAUUGGUCGAGGCUGAUACACAUGCCAGCCUAACAUUGCAUGUGCGCAAUGAAGAAGGCGGUUAUAGUCGUCGUAAUUGUAAUACCCGACCCAUUAUUAUACCACCAAAUAUACCAGCCCAUUUAUAUGGGCAAAUGGUUCAAACAACACAGGGAACAACAGCCUUAAGAAAAUUCGGUGAUCUGCCACAGCUUUUAGAGAUUAUUAGCAGCGGAAAGUGUUCCGAUGAAGCGGAAUGUUUGGAAUUGAAAUCGGCAAUAUGGGCGAUUGGUCAUGCAUCGACCCAUUCAAAUGGCAUUGAAUAUUUUUUGGAAACGGGAACGAGGGUCUAUGAAAAGUUGGUUAUAUUGGCUACAAAGUGUGAUAUUUACUCGAUACGAUCAACAUGCUUCAGUGUAUUGGGUCUAAUUGGAAGCACAAAGGAUGGGGCGAAUCUCCUCUUCAAUCUAAAUUGGUUAUGUGUACGACACGAUCGUAAUACCAUAUGGCCGGUACAUCAACCCGAAGAUUGGAUGUUGGGCAAUUACACACCAUUGCGACAUCAUUUCGACGAUGUACCACCGUAUAAUUAUACGGGUAUGGAAGAUCAAAUCGAUGGUUCCUACUAUACGGGUAGCUAUUCGAAUUUAUUAUUGAGUAGUACCAGUACGAAUCGUGAUGCUAUUGGUGGUGCGGCAAGUGCCAGUUCGGAAGCGCAAGAUGCUAAUACCACCACCGAUAGUAUUAAGACAUCGGGUGAAGAGGUUAGUGUAGAUAAUCUUCUGACAACACAACCAUAUAAAUUUAGUUCACCGAGAGCUAAACUAGAGAAGACAUCAUCUUCUUCUUGUUCACGACAGAUGGGAGGUGGUGGUGGUGUGGCAACACCCACAACUACAGCGGGUGGUAUUGCUAGUAGUAGUACGGCAAGUGGCAGUAGUAGUAGUGUAUUACCGGCAUCCGUAAAAUGGAAAACACUGCCAGAAGGUUCAUGUCUACGGCAUGGUCGGCAUCAACGUUCAUUGUCCGAAUCGAAAACGACCGAUGUUAUAAGUCUUUUGAGUGGCGGAGGAACAGGAGGACAUCCGGGUGUUAUGCCGCCAACAGCAGGUCCAGGAAUGUAUUAUUCACAUCGAACGCGUUACAAUUCGUGUACAGAUUCCAAUACAUCAGGUGUUAGUAGUUGUGAAUCGGUUACGGGAAGAACAGCGGGAGUGGGUGACCUCCAACAAUUUCCCCUCAGUCCUAUACCCUCAAUGUCAAAUCUGCUGGAAAUACCAUUGGGUCAAUCGUCUCUGUUACGUCGCACCUCAUUGGUUGCCGGCUCCUAUUUGCAUAAUGCCAUUAGUCCAGUGGACAUAAAAGGUUAUGCUCAAUUACGUUCCUUGCGACGCCAUUGUCGCCCAGUUCUAUCUGAAUCCGGUGCUGAGUUAUAUGAUAUUGUUGAUCGCAUUGAUUUGUUGUCAUACGCCUCAUUUCGACCACGUAAAUCUUCCUUUGGUGAUUCGCGCAAGAAUAAAGUGCGUAGCUUAGAUCGUCAGACAUCGCUGAGAAUGUAUGCGCAUCUGGAUUCGGAAGAGCUGCAAGUACCAUUGCCAACGCUAAAUGCACCCAAAUUUUUAUCACAAAAUGAUUCCAAAGGUCCUUGUUAUGUCGGCAUUUCAUUACCAAAAAAUCUUUUGGAUAUAUUCCCAACCCGCAACCAGCUGAGAACUUAUGUUUCACAAGAUAUUCAAGAUCAGGAUUUAAUGGAUAUUAAUUUGUUGACAGCUAAGCAGCAAUUCCUAAAUGAUUCCCUAAAUAAUGAAGGUGGUGAUGAAUCAUCAGUAAUUUCAUCACUUUCCGAUGUAUCAUCGGUGAGCAAACGAUCCAAAUGGGUGGGCGGUAAACAUGGACGCAGUAAUUGCCUGUACUGCUCAAGGCAAAGGAAACGUUCUCAACGGUUAGAUGGUAGUGGCUCUGGAGAUGUUUCCACUUCGACAUUAUGUGAAAUGUAUACAAAUGCCUCAGCGGCACUGGUUGCAGCGGGCAUACAGGCCACUGUGGCAUUGUCACGCAAAGGUGGAGGGACGACAAAUACUUCCACUACGAAUACCGAUAAUAAAACGGCGACUGGUGCUACAGCAAAUAAACCUCCCUUGCAACAACAACAGUACAGCAAUGCCUCAUCAAUACAAUUUUCCGAAUUCCAUUCUCCGGAAAGUAUAUUGAGUGAGGAUAGUUUGCCGGAUCGUUUGACCGCCAAUAUUCUAUAUAAUGUUCAACGUUUGGCCAAUCCCGUCAGUGCCAAACAAUCGAAAAUGGCACUGCUCGAAUUGAAACAAAAACAUCCAGCCUCAUUUCAAGAUAUAUGCCUUUAUUCCGAGGUUUGUCGAACAUUGGGUCGUUGUUCGUAUCGCAUGAAUGCUCGACGAUUUUUGCAGGAAUUGUUUUUGGAUUUAGAUUUUGAUUCGUUCUACAAUGAGCCAUUGGAUAUCUUGAGUAAAAAGGAUAAAGACUCGUUUAAGAAAGUCGACGGAGGAGCCAAAGAGAGGUUGAUGGUGGCAGGAGGUGAUAAAGUCAUUAUGCGCAAGGAUAGGACUAGUGGAGGACGUGGUGGCAUAGAAGCUGGUGAUACAAAAAACGAUAAUGGAACGGCGGCGAAUAAUAGCUCCAGCUCGUUGAAACCGCAUUUAAAGUCUCAACCCUUGGCUAGUGUCUAUGAGGCCAGUUGUGAAAAUCUGGUAUUGGAUCCAUCUCCACGAAUGAAAAAUGCACCGGUGAUAACAACAACGUCGUCGUCGACGGCCACAACAUCAACAACAAAAUCAUCGAAUUUAAAACAGAAUUGUAAAAAUUUUACCAAAGCUCCGCCACCUGCAGCACCGCCACCUCAUCCCACCACCAACCUAAGCGAAUACAAUACCGAACUUAGAAUAACAUCUGACGAUGAUGAUGAUGAUGACGACGACGAUGAUCAUGAUGAUGACGAUGAUGAGAGGGGCGAGGAGGAUGAUAUCAGCUAUCGUCGUAGUCGUUAUAGGCAACAACAAAAUUGUGAUGAAAUCGAUGGUGUACCACGCUCUUCGGUCACAUCAUCAUCAACCAUAUACAGUGUAAAUCCCGCCUCUUCCAAUUCAAUGCAAGCAAUGGGUGGUGGUGGUGGAUCUAACCAGAAUGCUGCCACACAAAACUCUUUGCAGUUAAGCGCCGCCAGUGGUGGUGCGAAUAGCAGUGCCGGAGGAGGAGGCGGCGGCGGUAGUGCUAGCACACCCAUUAGUAGUAGUAAUUGUAGUGAUCAAACCUCUACCAGUAAUCGCAGUAGUAUUUGUACCAUUUCCCAUCAGCCGAUGAAUAGCAGUCGUCUGAACUCCUCAACACCCCUGACAUCACCGCCCCUGACCACAAAACCCAUAGAAAAUGAAAAUACCAAAUAUCGUAGAGGACGUUUUUAUACGCUGGAAUUGGAUUUGAGCUGUACAAAAAAUAAGUUUCCCAUAACCGAUAGAACUAAACAGCAAAGUGGCAGCGGCAACAUCAGCAAUACUUUCAAAUUGAUGGCUAAUGAGAAAACGAAUGCCACACCCACAACUGUCACCAAUGCCACCUCCCCCACAUCACUGACAUCACCGACGAAAUUCAACACCACCACUAACGGUGGUACUUCUUCAUUGCUACGGCAGCAUUCGUUGGGCUCCGACACUUCAACGAAUUAUCGUUUGCCAGUUUCAAGAUUUUCCUAUACGGCGGGUAUGACGCCGUCGACGACGGUAACAUCACCCACUAGCCAAAAUUAUCCUGCAAGUUUACAGUUCCAAAAUAACAACACUACCACCACUGCCACAACACCAAGUUCAAACCAUCCCCCUACCUCUGUCGCCAACACCAGCAUCGCAUCAUCCUCCACCUCCACUUCCAACACAAACAAUCAAAGAUAUUUCAUAACCAAAAGCUUGGCCGCAUCAUUGGCCCAGCCAAUUGGCACCCUGUACUGUGAGAAACGUUUGCAAUCUUCCAAAUCGGAAGCGGUGUUAAUGCAACAAGCUUGCAAUAGUACCACCACAGCAUCAACAGCCUCGUUUUCAUCCUGCUCCACAACAUCAUCAUCGAUAACUUCGAAGGCCCCGUAUUCGAUGGCGGCAACGUCAACGGCCUUGGAUAGUUGUGAUGGCGGCAAUCAUGCUGGUAAAUAUUCCAUGAUUGCCGCCAACACCAACACCUCGACCACCACAAACACCAAUGCAAAUACCAAUAACAUAACUCAUCCCCCACCCAACAACUCCACCACCACCACCACAACAACCAUUAUAAUCACCUCAAAAAACGCCGCCCCCUCCUCCUCAUCCACCAUUUCAUCAGCAUCAUCAAGUAUUGUUGGUUCAAGUAAGCAAUCAUAA